AUGAGUGACGCAAAGAGCGCGUCUGAGCGAUACCAGAAAAUUUCGCAACUGGAACAUAUCCUAAAGAGGCCGGAUACGUACGUGGGUUCUGUGGAGGUACAAGAGCAGGUACAAUGGAUCCACAAUGAGGAUACCGAAUGUAUGGAGGAGAGGGAGGUCAAGAUUGUUCCGGGUCUCUUCAAGAUCUUCGAUGAGAUUCUCGUAAAUGCUGCCGACAACAAAGUUCGUGACCCCACAAUGAGGAAAAUAGAGGUUUCGAUCAACAAGGAAGAGAAUCUGAUAGAAGUCAAAAACGACGGGAAAGGAAUACCGAUCGAAAUUCAUGAAAAGGAACAGAUUUAUAUACCUGAGAUGAUUUUCGGCCAUCUCUUGACGUCGUCAAACUAUGACGAUGAUGAAAAGAAAGUGACUGGUGGUAGAAAUGGUUAUGGCGCCAAGCUGUGUAAUAUCUUCUCUUCUGAGUUUGUUCUCGAAACCGCAGACCCUACUAAAGGUGAGAAGUAUGUGCAGAAAUGGGAAAACAACAUGACCGUGUGCCAUAAGCCCAAAAUAACGUCCUAUAAAAAAGGGCCCUCCUAUACAAAAGUAUCAUUUCGACCAGAUCUGAAAAGGUUCGGGAUGGAAAAUCUCGACAGUGACACGGUGGGCGUCAUGCGCCGCAGAGCUUUCGAUAUCAAUGGAUCUGUAAGAGAUAUUAGUGUCUACCUCAACGGCAAAAGUCUCAAAAUCCGUAAUUUCAAGAAUUACGUUGAACUCUACCUCAAAUCUUUGGAAAAGAAGAAGUCUGAGGAGAAUGGCGUGGAAGCGGGCAAAACCCCGACGAUCCUUUAUGAAAGGCUUAAUGAUAGAUGGGAAAUUGCAUUUGCGGUAUCAGAUGUUGCAUUUCAACAGAUAUCUUUCGUCAAUUCGAUAGCUACUACCUCUGGCGGUACACACGUUAAUUACGUGUCUGACCAAAUUGUGAAGAAGAUCACAGAAGUACUCAAAAAGCGGAGAAAGGGGAAAAUUAUCAAAGGUUUUCAGAUCAAGAAUCAUAUGUUCUUGUUUAUCAACUGCCAAAUCGAAAACCCUGCGUUUACAUCGCAAACUAAAGAACAACUGACAACUCGUGUAAAGGAUUUUGGCUCGAAGUGUGACAUAAAAGAUGAUUUUAUCAACAAGGUAAUGAAGACUGAAUUAGCUGACAAAAUUUUUGAGAUUGCUGAUCAGAAUGAGGAUAAGGCCUUGCAAAAAUCGGACGGCACAAGGAAAAACAGGAUCACAGACUACGCUACGUUGGAAGAUGCGAACAUGGCGGGUACUAGACAGAGUCACAAAUGUACCCUGGUCUUAACCGAAGGUUUGUCGGCUCAGUCUUUGGCAGUCGCAGGCCUGGGUGUAGUGGGACGUGACUUCUAUGGCUGCUAUCCUUUGCGCGGUAAAAUGCUCAAUGUUAGAGAAGCCAGCGCUGAUCAAAUCAACAAAAAUGCUGAGAUUCAGGCUAUUAAAAAGAUCGUGGGAUUACAACACAGGAAAAAAUAUGAAGAUACUAAGAGUUUGCGCUAUGGACAUAUCAUGAUCAUGACAGAUCAAGAUCAUGAUGGUUCACAUAUUAAGGGUUUAAUCAUAAAUUUCCUCGAAAGUUCUUUCCCAGGUCUGCUUGACAUACCGGAGUUUUUGAUAGAGUUCAUUACACCAAUUGUGAAGGUCACUACAACAAAACCAAAACGCAGCGUUCUUCCUUUUUACACAAUGCCCGAUUAUGAAAGAUGGAGGGAUAAUGAAAGUCACAAAUUCACUUGGAAGCAGAAGUAUUACAAAGGUCUGGGAACGUCUUCUUUGCAGGAAGCUAGAGAGUACUUUUCAGAUCUCGAUACACAUUUGAAGAAGUUUCAUGCCCUUGAGGGUGACGAUAGUCUCUUGAUUGAUCUGGCUUUUUCGAAGAAGAAGGCUGAUGAACGUAAGGAGUGGCUGAGGCAGUAUGAGCCUGGAAAUACCCUGGAUCCUCAGCUUUCAGAAAUUCCCAUAUGCGAUUUUAUCAACAAGGAACUUAUUUUGUUUUCUUUAGCUGAUAACAUAAGAUCCAUCCCCUCUGUUCUGGACGGCUUCAAGCCAGGUCAGCGUAAGGUUCUUUUCAGUUGUUUCAAGAGAAAACUUAGAGGUGAGAUUAAGGUGGCACAACUGAUUGGCUAUGUUUCUGAGCACACCAACUACCACCACGGUGAAAUGUCACUAGCCCAAACCAUUGUUGGUAUGGCUCAAGAUUUUGUGGGCUCUAAUAACAUCUACCUCUUGAAACCGAAUGGUGCAUUUGGUACCAGAGCCACCGGUGGUAAAGAUUCGGCCGCACCUCGUUACAUUUUCACAGAGUUGAACAAAAUCACGCCUGCGAUAUUUAACCCGCUGGAUAAUCCACUUCUCAAUUACAUUCAGGAAGAUGGUCAAGCAAUUGAGCCUCAAUGGUAUCUUCCUGUAAUCCCAAUGCUUUUAGUCAAUGGUGCGGAAGGUAUCGGCACCGGUUGGAGUACCAAUAUUCCACCGUUUAACCCUGUAGAUAUUGUUCAGAACCUCAGAAGAUUGAUGAAUGGUGAAGAAAUGCAAGAAAUGACACCGUAUUACAGAGGGUGGCGAGGAAGUUUGGAAAAGAUUGAUGCGCAACGAUACAGAAUGUACGGGAGAAUUGAACAGGUGGGACCCAACGUUCUUGAGAUCACCGAACUCCCCGCUAAGACCUGGAUGUCGACCAUAAAAGAACAUUUGUUGCUAGGGCUAGCAGGAAAUGACAAAGUCAAGAAAUGGGUAGAGGAUAUGCAGGAGAACCAUGGCGCGACAAUCAAGUUCUCUGUGACCCUAUCUGAUGAGGAAAUGGCCAAAACAAGGAAAAUGGGAUUUUAUGAAAGAUUCAAGCUUAUAUCAAGCGUAAAUCUUGGAAAUAUGGUCGCAUUUGAUCCCCAGGGCCGCAUCAAGAAAUAUGAAGAUGCCAGAGAAAUUCUAAGCGACUUCUUUUACGUUAGACUGGAAUACUUCCAGAAAAGGAAGGAUUAUAUGUCAGAGCGAUUGCAGUGGCAGGUAGAAAAGCUGUCUCAACAGAUUCGGUUCUUGCAGUUGAUUGUUGAGCGGAAGUUCACCGUCAGCAACAAGUCGCGGGUACAGCUUUUCACAGAAUUGGAAGAGCUCGGAUUUCCCAAGAUUAAUUCAGAAGGAAGGCUCUAUUAUGGUAAGGUGGAGGACACGGAUGAAACGAAUGAAUUGAAAAUGGAAAUGGAAGAUUCCGAUGAGGCGGUAGAUAAUGAGGCCGAGGAUGAGGUGAACGGACCCCAGGAGAAAUACGGUACGUUUGAGUACCUCCUGGGAAUGAAAAUUUGGUCCCUAACUAAGGAAAAAUACGAGAGUCUGAUGAGACAAAAGCAAGAAAGGGAGGCGGAACUUAACGCACUGUUGAGUCUUUCUGCUAAGGAUUUGUGGAAUCAAGAUCUUGAUGCAUUCAGCAAGGCCUAUGAAGCUUUCAUGGAGAAUGAUGAACUUAUACGCAGCAGCGUCACUCCUGACGCAGCUGUGAAGCAGAAGGGAAAGCGCAAGAGAACCAAGGCUAGUGAUGAAGCUUAUGACCCGAGUCGUAAAAAGAAGAAACCCAAGACGGCUGGUUCUUCCAGCGUGAAAGUUGAGGUGGAAAAGUUCGAGCCCGUGCUGCUUGAGCAAAAAGCUUUGGAAAAGGCAAAGCGCAUUACAAAAGUGAAGGAUGAGAACCAACCCACGCUUGAGGGUCUCAUGGGUAAAGGAAAGAAGUCAGGGUCCGCGCCAGUUAAAAAUGAGCCGGUGUCUCGAUCCGUGUCAGGGUCUGCGACACCUCGAGAAAACUCACCGGAGUCGCUAAAAAGCGAGAACUCGGCCGUGACAAUUGUUUCAGAGAACCCCAACGCGGAGCCUACCAAUCUAGAGACCAAGAAGGAGGACACAAUGAGUAUUUUUUCCAGCAAGUUCAAGCAAGCAAGUGCGCUUUUCGACGGUCCUGCUUCUGUCACAGACCCCGUUUCCACACAGGCCGCGAAACCUGCUGCUCGUAAGACUGCGACUCCCAAGGCACGCACGAAAAAGGCCAUCAAGGUCGACGAAGAUGACGACGAUGACGACGAUGACGCAUUUGACGACGAUAACGACGACGAUAACUCGAGUGGCGAGCCCGAUGCGAGUGCUUUGAGAGCGAGAGAGCCGCGCAGUCGUCGUGGAGCUGCCCGGAACACUCAAGCCCCAUCCUACGCAGAACCCACGCUCAUAUCCGAUGAAGACGACGUUGACGCCUCUGUGAUCAUUGACGACGAAUCUGACGGCGACGAUGAAUCUUUCCAGAUAUCGCAAUGA